GAUUGUAAUUUAAAAUAAUACUUUCAUUUACACUUAGACCACUGACUUUGCCUUUACGUCCGAUUUUAAGCUUAAAUGAAAUGGUAGGCAUAUUUAUUAUAAAUUACAGUACUGCUAAUAGGCCUUGUAGUAUUUGUUUAGUACUGUGUAGCAUAUAGGUUCUUCAGUUGAUGAGACUUCGGUUCCGAGACUUCUUUUAAAUUUUUAAUUCCUUUCGGUUUUUGUGCUUUUGGCUGAAAAAUCUGAGUUUUUAUUUUUUGUUAUAUUAAGUUUUUCAUUGAAAAUGGCUUUAAUUUGUGUUCAAUUAGCUACCAACUUUCAUCUUUUCCUUUAGGGACAUCUCGAUGUACAUUUCUAUUAAAAAAAAUUUAUCACUUCGCACCUUUACCCUAAUAUCAGUAAUAUUGGAUAAAAAUAUUCAAACAUAGGCCACCUAUCCACAUUGACAUUACAAUUUUAUAGAUAUUUGAAAUUGGGAGUUGAAUUUUUGGAGGGGUUGCAUUCUUCAUUCAUCUUCCAUAAUCAAACAUUCUUUUAUAAGGUUUCGUCUUUUUUUCAUACUCUAAUAGUUAUCUUUCAAUCUACGUGCACCAGUAAUGGCAGAGUCAUGAUUCUUAAAAUCCACAUGAACCCGACUGCUGAAAUAACUGAUAAUUAAAACUAUCAAACAUAUGUUAAUAUUACUGAAUCUAUAGUUACUAUGUACUGUAAUAGACUAAACCCUGGCUAUAUUUUUACUCAGGUUAACUGGUGUAGACAUACUUAAUACAAUAGGCAAUAAUACCCUUGAACAGUAGAGGCAAGAUAUCUACUGUGCAAGUGUGGAGCCCCUACACUUUGAAGCCACAAUAUGACUAAACAAGGACUGACAUGGAUCAGAGCAGGUUGAUUAUUAACAAUUAUUCAUACUCUUUUAAAACUUAUUGCCUUUAAAUUUGACUACUGUCUUUUAAAUUUAGUUAAAAAUAUGUGACUUGCUUAUCUUUAGAAUAAGCUCAAAGUAUAUAUUUACAUUUAGAAACCAUGAAAAAAUCUAUUGAAUUUUGCAUGAGAUUAUUAAAAUUAAAUAACAUGAACUCUGUCAACAGCUAUCUAAUCAACUGCAAUUGAAACAUCUGCUAUCUAAACAAUUGCUAUCUAAACAGCUGGUGUUGAAACAGUCUUUGAAAUAUGAAUAAAUCAAGAUCAAAGAGAUCCCAGAAAUUACUCAAAUGUACAAAAAAAAUAGACAGAAGUGAAUUAAGGAUUAGCCUAUCUGGAGACAACAAGAAGACAAUUACAGAGAAUUUGGACAGUGAUAACCAAGAUGUUUCUGGUAGUGUGUCUCGACCAAAACGUUUGCGCAAGCAAAAAAACUUUGAUGGAUAUGUCACACCCAAAGGUUUGGAUAACAGCAUUACGGAUGAAUAUGUGACUCCCAAAGGUUUGGAUAACAGCACUACAGACUCACCAGCAGCAUCACAUAAAAAAAAAUCCUCAAAAGCAUUUGUGACCAGUACUCCCGUUAGCAAAAGAAGCCAUCAAAAUAUUAACAAUUCCGCCAACACGAGUGCGCUGGAAGGAGGUGUCGAUAAAAGUAUUUUAAAGCCACACGUCUCAGGAAGGCGAGGAUCUCCUACCAAGUUUCAGAGACGGACAAGUUAUGGUGGCGAUGCAUCCAAUUCCCUUUUAGUGUUGGCAAACCUUAAUGUUGUAAACAGCACACUGGGAGAUGAAAGUCUUACAUCAGAUAUAACAUUGGAUAUAACAUCAGAUAUAACAUUGGACAAAUCAGAAAAAAAUUCACAAGUUGUAACUCCUCCAAAUAAAAGAAGAAAAAUAACUAGUGGAGGAGUUGUUGGCCUUUCCAAGAAAACUGUCAGGGGCCGCAGCAAAGAAGUUGAUGUAACACCGACUUCCAUUUCAGCACCAAGAAAAAAUGACUCUGAGGCGGACACACCAAGGUUUCGGACGAGUGCCAGGGCUAGGAAAAAUAUUAACUAUUUAGAUCUCUGUGAUAAUGAAGAUAUCAGAACGAGUGAAGAAGAUGUUUCAAUGAAUGGGAGAAAUAAAAAAAGUACAAGUCAUCUCUCAAGAAGUGGGGUGAAAGCCUUGCAGCCAAAAUUUCUGCAAGAGGACACAAAAGAAAAAUGUCUUGAAACUGAAAAAACAAGCAUCGGUGAAGAGAGUAAAAUUAGCUUUGAUAAAAAUAGUUCACAAGUAACAGACAAGCCUAGAAGGGGAAGGAAGCGUAAAAAAGUGCAGGAAGCGGAAGAGACCAAAGAAACUGACGGUGUACUUGAUGCAUAUUCCCCUUGUGUACCUACAUGUUCUUCUGGGAGUAGGAAAAAUCCAACAUCGGUUGACCAUCAAGCCGCCAAUCAUGUCACUGAGUCUGAAGAAGAACUUGGGUUCAGAAGGCCAAGAGUUAAAAAAUGUCAAGGGCAAAAACUUUCCAAGCACAACUCUAAAACUUUACUUGAUACAAACAAGGUGAGUCCUGUUUUAAACUUAUAACAAACAAGGUGAGUCCUGCGUUAAACUUGAUACAAACAAGGUGGGUCCUGCGUUAAGCUUGAUACAAACAAGGUGAGUCCUGCGUUAAACUUAUAACAAACAAGGUGAGUCCUGCGUUAAACUUAUAACUAACAAGGUGAGUCCUGUGUUAAACUUGAUACAAACAAGGUGAGUCCUGCGUUAAACUUAUAACAAACAAGGUGAGUCCUGCGUUAAACUUAUAACAAACAAGGUGAGUCCUGCGUUAAACUUAUAACAAACAAGGUGAGUCCUGCGUUAAACUUAUAACAAACAAGGUGAGUCCUGUGUUAAACUUGAUACAAACAAGGUGAGUCCUGCGUUAAAAUUGAUACAAACAAGGUGAGUCCUGCGUUAAACUUAUAACAAACAAGGUGAGUCCUGUGUUAAACUUGAUACAAACAAGGUGAGUCCUGUGUUAAACUUUUAACAAACAAGGUGAGUCCUGUGUUAAACUUGAUACAAACAAGGUGAGUCCUGCGUUAAACUUGAUACAAACAAGGUGAGUCCUGCGUUAAACUUAUAACAAACAAGGUGAAUCCUGCGUUAAACUUAUAACAAACAAGGUGAGUCCUGCGUUAAACUUGAUACAAACAAGGUGAGUCCUGCGUUAAACUUAUAACAAACAAGGUGAGUCCUGUGUUAAACUUGAUACAAACAAGGUGAGUCCUGUGUUAAACUUGAUACAAACAAGGUGAGUCCUGCGUUAAACUUAUAACAAACAAGGUGAGUCCUGUGUUAAACUUGAUACAAACAAGGUGAGUCCUGCGUUACACUUGAUACAAACAAUGUGAGUCCUGUGUUAAACUUAUAACAAACAAGGUGAGUCCUGUUUUAAACUUAUAACAAACAAGGUGAGUCCUGUUUUAAACUUAUAACAAACAAGGUGAGUCCUGUGUUAAACUUAUAACAAACAAGGUGAGUCCUGCGUUACACUUGAUACAAACAAUGUGAGUCCUGUGUUAAACUUAUAACAAACCAGGUGAGUCCUGUGUUAAACUUGAUACAAACAAGGUGAGUCCUGUGUUAAACUUAUAACAAACAAGGUGAGUCCUGCGUUACACUUGAUACAAACAAUGUGAGUCCUGUGUUAAACUUAUAACAAACAAGGUGAGUCCUGUUUUAAACUUAUAACAAACAAGGUGAGUCCUGUUUUAAACUUAUAACAAACAAGGUGAGUCCUGUGUUAAACUUAUAACAAACAAGGUGAGUCCUGCGUUAAACUUAUAACAAACAAGGUGAGUCCUGUGUUAAACUUAUAACAAACAAGGUGAGUCCUGUUUUAAACUUAUAACAAACAAGGUGAGUCCUGCGUUAAACUUAUAACAAACAAGGUGAGUCCUGCGUUAAACUUAUAACAAACAAGGUGAAUCCUGCGUUAAACUUAUAACAAACCAUUUGAGUCCUGUGUUAAACUUGAUACAAACAAGGUGAGUCCUGUGUUAAACUUAUAACAAACAAGGUGAGUCCUGCGUUACACUUGAUACAAACAAUGUGAGUCCUGUGUUAAACUUAUAACAAACAAUGUGAGUCCUGUUUUAAACUUAUAACAAACAAGGUGAGUCCUGUUUUAAACUUAUAACAAACAAGGUGAGUCCUGUGUUAAACUUAUAACUUUACUUGAUAAAAACAAGGUUAGUCGUGUGUUAAACUUAUAACUUGACAUCUCAGAUACAGACAAGGUCAGUCCUGUGUUAAACUUAUAACUUUGCUUGAUACAAACAAGGUGAGUCCUGUGUUAAACUUAGAACUUUACUUGACAUCUCAGAUACAGACAAGGUCAGUCCUGUGUUAAACUUAUAAGAAAUCUCAAAGUUUAAUUCAAAGCAAUAAUGGAUUUAAUUUCAAAUUUAAAUGCAUGCAUGUGUGAUAAUAAGAAUACUUAUUAGUUUUAAUGUCAAUUGAUUUUUUUUAAAAAAAAGGUUGAAAACAACAGUUUCGAAACCACAUCUAACCGAAUCCUAACUUAAAUUGUGUCCUUUUAGCCAUCAUCAUCUACCACGCGUACAGAAUCGUCAAGUUUGCAGUGUGGAAUAUGCAGUAUGACAUUCAACUCGCAGGCACUCUUGAAAAAACAUAUGAUGCCAGCACAUUCCCUGGUGGUGAGAAAUUAGCCAGCUCUACUAGUCUGUUGGUUGUUCUCAGUCUAUCUAAUUUACUAAUAUCAGAUUUUUUUAUUUGAUGUGCACUUCUUUAAAUAUCUUCUCUUCUUCUACAGCAUUAAUCAACCAUAUCACUACAACAAUGAUCUAUUCUAAUCCAACAUUUAAUUAUUAUCUCUACUACAACAAUCAUCUAUUUUAAUCCAACAUUUAAAUAUCUUCUCUACUACAACAAUCAUCUAUUCUAAUCCAGCAUUUACAUAUCUUCUCUACUACAGCAUUAAUCAACUAUGCCACUACAACAAUAGUCUAUACUUAUUGAACAUUUAAAUAUCUUCUUUACUACGGCAAUGAUCUAUUCUAAUCCAAUAUUUCAAUAUCUUCUCUACUACAGCAAUGAUCAACUACUCUACUACAUCAUUUAUUGCAGUACUUGUCCUACCAUUUAUCUGUUAACCUCAUUCAAUGAAAUAAUCCUCUAGUGGUCGGCGAGCAAUCCUCAAGGUGAAGACAAGCCAGCUGUCAUCAUUAAACUACUAGGGUACAUCAUCUGUCAAGGGUGUCAGAAACAGUUCCGAUUUCCUCAGUACUACAAGCACCACAUGAACUGGUGUGGUAGAGAGGUAAGAAUCAGCUACUUGGUAACUACAAUCACUACAUGAACAGGUGUGUAGAGAGGUAUGAAACAUUUACCCCAGCCCUACAAGUGCCACAUGAACUUGUGUGGUAGAGAGGUAAGAAACAGAUACUCCAGUUCUAAUUAAGAAACAAUUACCCCAGUACAAAAAUCACCCCAUGAACUGGUGUGGUAGUGGGAAGGAACUGAUACCCCUGUACUACAUUAGAAACAGUUACCCCAGCACUACAAUCAUCACAUGAACUUGAUACCAGCAUACUUGAAUGCUCAUUAUAAAUGAUUUCUUGAAUACCGGUACUGCUAUUUCAUUGAAAAUAUUAACAUCUUUCUUCUCCAAGAGUGUUUCUCCUUUGUUAAUUGUUGUGUAUCGUGGUUUUACGCUGUGCUGGAAUGUAAUGUAAAACAAGGGUUACAAUUUCAUUGUUCUUUCACCAAUCAUAGGAUGAAAUGGUCAUUUGUGAAAUCUGCACGCACAGUGUCAAGGCCCAGUGGUACGACAGGCACUUGGCAAGCCACAAGUUAAAAGAAAAACAGACUGCAUUGAAGGAGGAAAAAAAACAAAAAAUCUCUGAAGAUGCUGGACCUUCAGAUCAAGAAGACAAUGGUCGCAGGUCCAAGAGAAGUGCUGCCAAAAGGUAGGACAAUGGUCACAGGUCCAAGCAAGUUUGCAUCCGUUCAGCAAUUUUGCAUCCGUUCAGCAAUUUUGCACCCGUUCAGCAAGUUUGCACCCGUUCAGGAAGUUUGCCUGGUCUGCAAACUUGUUUUUUAAAUGUCCCCUUGUAAUCAGGUUUGUCUCUUAAUGUGGACACCUGGGAGCCCCUCAAUGUUGUAAUCAGGGUUGUCCAUUUUGGUGGUAACCUGGAAUCAGUGUUGUCUCUCUUAAUGUGGACACCUGGGAGUAGGGAACAACCUGGUAGAUGUUUUCACCAGCUACUGAAUUUGAGGGGUUUUUUGGGACUAUUAUUAGCCAACCCAGGUACUAUAUAUUUGUUCCAUAUAAACAUUAAUUAUUCAUGACAUUUUGUAGUUCUUUUGCUUUGUAUAGAAUUUAAUAAUAAUAAUGAUAAAGUUCAUUUAAAAAACACGCUUCAUCCCUAAUUAAGGCUCGAAGACUGUACAAAUUCAACCAUACAUGACAAUUUAUAUUUUUCCACAUUAAAAUACAAAAUGCAAAAAUACAAAAUCAAUGUUCAAGCCAAUAUACAUCGAAGAAUAUGAGCAAGCUAUGAAACAUUCAAUCAAUCAUCCUAAUAAUUUAUUCUUGUUAUUUCUGUUAAUUUAAUUAAUAUAUUUAUGGUAGCUUAUUUUUUAUAUUUAUAAAAUGUGUUAAACCAUAAAUCAAUUAAUUUAGUUCAGUAAUAUUGAAUUUAGACAUAUUCAACUUAACUUUUGAUCUUGAUUUAUAUCAUGAACUUUGAACUCAGUUUGGAGACAUGCAGGUAUCAAAUGUUCCAGUAACUUUGACAGUCUUCAACUUAAGUAAGGAAAUUAUUCAAGUACAAAUAAUAAAAAAAUAAAUAAAAAACUUUAAAUGAUCAAUGUCAGAUAUCUCAGAAGUGGUCUGAAAGAUUUAUUUAAAUUUAUAGCAACUUUGCUUGAAAUAGUGUAAAUGUAACAUUUUUUACAAAUUUAAAUUGUAAAGUUUUCUCUUAAUGUGGGCUCCUGGGAACCACCCAAUGUUGCAAUGAGGGUUCUCUCUUAAAGGUGGGCCCCUGGUACCCCACCCCCCAGUGUUGCAAUGAGGGUUUUCUCUUAAAAGUGGGCACCUUAUAGCCCACCCCCCAGUGUUACAAUGAGGGUUUCUCUUAAAAGUGGGCACCUUGUAGCCCACCAAUGUUGAAAUCACAUUUGUCACAAAUUUGCAUUUCCUACUCUUUUUUUUCUUUCUAGCGUUCGUGCUUGUUAUAACAUAAUCUAUAACAUAAUCAUAAUCUAGUUAUCUGCUCUCUUAUAUUGUUCUUAUUUAAGUUUUAAUGCCAUGAAAUAAUUAACAUUUAAUCAUCAUUUAAAUCAUCAUUUUUUAUAUCUAAAUCAGUCAUUCGGGGCACGGGCAAGUUGUCAAAUAUUUUAAUCCCAUUGCAACACACACUGCGAAACAAACAGUAACAAGCAAUACAUCACACAAUAAUAAGCACUAUUUUUCUCAUGUUGCAAAAGAAAAAGGAAUACAAAAAUAUUUGUUAAAACUUUAAGAUUUUAAAAAAUCUUAUCAGUGUUAAUUGAUUUAAUUUAAAUCAUAAAAUAAAAUAUUUGAUCUAAUCAUGUUUAAUUAAUAUAAUUCAAAUAAUAAAUAUUCAGUCUAAUCAUUAUUAAGAAUAUAAUUCAAAUAUUAAGUAUUCAAUAUGAUCAUUAUUAAGAAAAACUCCUCCAGACAAAAAUGUGAAAUAUGUUUUACCCUCAUUAGAUAUUUGUUUUUAGACAUUUGUUUUAAUAGGUUCAUUCCUAAACUUUUCAUUUUUCAGUGCCAUGAAAUUUAUCAGUGAAUUCCAUAAAACAAAAGGAAGUGAAAAUGAAUUUUCUGAUAAGAGCGAUAAAAGUAUCACUAGUGAGAGCAGUGAUGAUAGUGAAGAUGACAACAAAGAUGAAUUCAUUGAUGGGAGUGAUGAGGACCAUACAGAGAGACCCCAAAAAAAUGACUCUGUUCGCAUAGCUGACCGUAAGCAUAUACUAUUGUUUUAUUCGUAAGCAUAUACUAUUGUUUUAUGUGUAAGCAUAUACUAUUGUUUUAUUUUUAAGCAUAUACUAUUGUUUUAUGCGUGUCACAAUCACAAUGUUUUAUGAAUUAUAACAGAGGCGUAGUGGUUCAAAUGAUAGUGACUAAUACUUUAUUGCACAAGUUGGCGAUCACAACAAUAAUAGUUAAUACUUGAAAUACAAGCAAAUACUCAUGCUGAACAUACUAAAUCCCAAAACACUUGGAAUGUAGCUUCACGGUAAACUUCUUGGUAUACUUGAUCAAGUGUAAUCACACUACAAAUCUUCAUUUGAAAACAUAAACUGUUUCUGCUCAAUCUUCUUACAUGAAGAUUGUGGAUGAACUGUCGUAUCAUUCAAACACCAUUUUUUUCAUAAAACAUAGCAAUUCUUACUCUUUAAAAAGUUGUUCUGUAUUUGAUUAGUAAUAGUAAUAGAUCUGAGCUAUAAUACAGACAGGGAUUGUGCAAACAAUCAUCAAUUAGCAGUAAUAGAUCUGAGCUAUAAUACAGACAGGGUUUGUGUAAACAAUCAUCAAUUAGCAGUAAUAUAUCUGAGCUAUAAUACAGACAGGGUUUGUGUAAACAAUCAUCAAUUAGCAGUAAUAGAUCUGAGCUAUAAUACAGACAGGGAUUGUGUAACAGUAAGAGAUCUCAGCUAUGAUAUACACAGGGUUUGUUUAAACAAUCAUCAUUAGCAGUAAUAGAUUUGAGCAAUGGUACAGACAGGGAUUGUGUAACAGUAAUAGAUCUGAGCAAUGGUACAGACAGGGAUUGUGUAACAGUAAUAGAUCUGAGCAAUGGUACAGACAGGGAUUGUGUAACAGUAAUAGAUCUGAGCAAUGGUACAGACAGGGAUUGUGUAACAGUAAUAGAUCUGAGCUAUAAUACAGACAGUGACUGUGGUAAGCUUGUAAUAUUGUAAGGAAACCUUGAUUGCUCUCUGCCAACCUUCAUCUAUAUCUGGUAUUCACUGAGGAAGCAACUCAGGCGAUAACAUUUGAUGAUUAUAAUCUUGUUCUUUAUUAGGCUGACACUUCGCUUAUACCUUCUCUCAUCUCGCAACUCUGACUGCCCUCUUCUCCUACCGUCGGAGCUCUCCCUGACUGUCCGCUUCUCUGUCCGGCCGCGUUCUGUCCAGUCCUGUCCAGAGGUCCCUAUUUAUAAGUCCCUGGUCCAUAGAGUUCCUUUCCCAGGUCUGUAAUCUGACGCGCCCAGCCCUUUGAUCAGUCGGUCACUACCCCCACCCCUGUCGCCUCUAGGUUACCAACCAGUCGUCAGAUGGCCGGUACCCUGCUGUAAGAUCUGACGCGCCCAGCCCUUUGAUCAGUCGGCGCCUCCAGGUCGGAACCAGUCGUCCGAGAGAAAUACCCUGGUCAGAUGGCCGGUAAACCUGGUGUGAGAUCUGACGCACCCGGCCCUUGAUCAGUCGGUCGAGGUCCGAACUCUCCACAAUAUUCUAAUGAUUUGAUGACAACUUAUCCUACAAUAUUAAAUUUUCUCAUCUCCAAACGACUGGGUUCAUGAAAAGAUUCUACCACAAUAUUAAAUUUUCUCAUCUCCAAAUGACUGGGUUCAUGAAAAGAUUCUACCACAAUAUUAAAUUUUCUCAUCUCCAAAUGACUGGGUUCAUGAAAAGAUUCUACCACAAUAUUAAAUUUUCUCAUCUCCAAACAACUGGGCUCAUGAAAAGAUUCUUCCUGUUUAUUUGUGCAGCCUCAUCCAUAGAUGGGAAGUGGGGCUCUAUUUGUUUGAUGGACAAGGACACGAAAGAGGAAGACAGACUCAAGGCAUUGCACACAUUUUUUACCGGACUAUCACUAGGGGGGAGAUUGUUUCCUGAACUAUCCCCCCAGGUCAACAACUGGGUGCUUCUUAAAGACAGGUGAGAGAAAUUACUAGGUUCUACUUAAAGACAGGUGAGAGAUAUUACUAGGUUCUACUUAGGUGAGAGAAAUUACUAGGUUCUACUUAGGUGAAAGAAAUUACUAGGUUCUACUUAGGUGAAAGAAAUUACUAGGUUCUACUUAGGUGAAAGAAAUUACUAGGUUCUACUUAGGUGAGAGAAAUUACUAGGUUCUACUUAGGUGAAAGAAAUUACUAGGUUCUACUUAGGUGAGAGAAAUUACUAGGUUCUACUUAAAGACAGGUGAGAGAAAUUACUAGGUUCUACUUAGGUGAGAGAAAUUACUAGGUUCUACUUAGGUGAGAGAAAUUACUAGGUUCUACUUAAAGACAGGUGAGAGAAAUUACUAGGUUCUACUUAGGUGAGAGAAAUUACUAGGUUCUACUUAAAAACAGGUGAGAGAAAUUACUAGGUUCUACUUAGGUGAGAGAAAUUACUAGGUUCUACUUAGGUGAGAGAAAUUACUAGGUUCUACUUAGGUGAAAGAAAUUACUAGGUUCUACUUAGGUGAAAGAAAUUACUAGGUUCUACUUAAAGACAGGUGAGAGGAGUUACUACAUAUACUUAAAGACAGGUGAGAGAAAUAACUAAUAUUCAAUAAAACAACAUGUUCUGUUGUUAGCUGUAGCUCCUUUCUGUAGCCAGCGGUGACUGGACAAGAAAUAUGAUUGAAUGGGGACCAUCCAUAACUCCAUUAGGUACACGGGAGGAAAGGGGGUUGUGUUGGCUUGGAAGCAUACGAGUGUCGCAGGAUGGCUAACCAAGUUCUCAAUACUUUUAAAGGCAAUAAUAUACCUUGACUAUGUUUCUUAAUAAUUGUUAUAUUUAUGCUUUGUGUUUUCUUAAUGAACUCAAUAGAUCCAGAAUCAGGGAGAUUUAUCGUAUUUGUCCCAGUCACAAAUUUAGUAAAGCUUCAUUUUUGUUUGCUUCGGUGCUGUAUGAAGUAAUUUUGUGGCAUAAUUAUUUCAUUCCUUGGAUGAAUGAAAUGAAUUGCGAAGUGGAAAAAACUACAGAUUUUUUUUUUUUAAUUUCUCAGCUGCACCACCCAGCAGCAUUAGUUUUUGACAUAUUUUAUGUGAAGCAUAUUUUAUGUGAAUCUAUUUUUAGAAGUCUCUUAGCGGCUGGAUAAUACCCCAACCCUGCUCUUUCCUUGUCUCCUUUUAGCGCGUGAGAACAUUCAUUCAAUUUUUUUAUAGAACAUUCAAUCAAUUUCUUGUUAGAUUAUCCAUUCAAGUUCUUGUUAGAACAUUUAAGCUCUUGUUAGAACAUUUUUUAAGUUCUUGUAGGAGCAUUUGUUAAUGUUCUUGUUAGAACAUUUGUUUCAACAAAUGAAGCUCCACUUACUUCCACUGCAGGGAUAGAGAGAAAUAUUUACCUCAUCGAAGGAAGAGCUUUAGCUUUACAGCUGGUCCAUCAAACAAACCGCCAGACAUGAAUAUGACAUCCUUGGAAUGGGGUCAAGCAAAAGUGAUUGAUGGUCAGUCUCACUUUCUAUAUUUUCUUUAUUAUCAUUAUUAUCUUUAUUUUAUGAUAAGAUAAUUUUGCAAUUGUUUUCAAAUUUCAGUUGUCAACACUUGGGAUUGCACUAUCAUGUUGUUUAAAGCAUUUUUAAUUAUCAACCAUACUUUUUAUAGUAUGAAAAAUGAUUUAUGAGUUUUUAAAACAAAAAUUUCUUUAAAAACAAUUCUUUCUUGUCACAGAAACUCAUUUCUUCCCAUUGAAAUGUUUCCUAUCUCCAUUGUAAUAAGACCUGUUCAACCUGGAACUACUUUUCUAACCAAACCUGGAACUACUUUUCUUACCAACCUGGAACUACUUUUCUUACUAACCUGGAACUACUUUUGUUACCAACCUGGAACUACUUUUCUUACCAACCUGGAACUACUUUUCUUACCAACAUGGACCUACUUUUCUUACCAACCUAGAACUAAUUUUCUUACCAACCUGGAACUACUUUUCUUACCAACAUGGACCUACUUUUCUUACCAACCUAGAACUACUUUUCUUACCAACCUGGAACUACUUUUCUUUCCCAAGGUAAGAGUUACAGUUACUGUGGUGGUCCUAUCUGGUCACUGGAGUGGUGUCCCCUCCCUGAAGGUGCUGAACAGGAACAGAUAGUGGCUCUGUCUGCUGACAUUGGCCCCGACAAACCACCUGACACAAGCGCAACACAUGCAGGAAGUGGUCUUGUUCAGAUCUGGUCGACCGGAGCGAUCAAGAAUGACAAGUAG